AUGUCAAAUAUUCUAGGCAGUAAGGCUACAUCGGAGUGUGUUAAAAAUCAUCCGCCGCCUUCUCUCGUUCAGGAACGCUGUUUGCCAAAUGAAAAGGGCAUGCGUAAUGUCGAUAGAGCUAUAGAGUUGACUAGCGCUGUUGCCCGAGACGUUGAUGACGAUCGUUCGACGAAAACCGGCGACUGGAGCAACAAGGAUUGGGGAGAUGUCACAGAACGUUCCGGGGUACUAGUGCACCUCGAUGAAUACGAGGAUAACUUGUACGCUUUAGGAUCUGAUGGCUCGUCAGAAGUCGAAUCGCCACCAUCAGAUAUUCCAACAUCAUCGUCGUCACUCUUUAAUCAUCCGAAAAUUUACUGUGAUUUUGUUAAGGCUAUUGAGGAGCACGCAAUAACCGAGCGACCAGACUUGGAGACACAGCUGAAAAUAAUGCGAUGGCUAGUUGGCAGUUCCCUUCUGAUCGCUCGUGGAAUGAGCGCACAAUGGUCGAUAAUCCCAUCUACGAUAUUGUCUGGCAAUACUUCUUCGCAGCCUUCAUUCGUCAGCUCUUCUAAUAAUAGCCAAAUCGAUGUGUACUCAAAUGAUCAGCAGUACGCCUGUAUUGCCAGAAGCACCACAAAUGCUAUCGCGUUCCGUGAAUCCUUCAAACCGAUCAGGUCGGUCGUUCUACCGUACGUGACCCAGCACUCAGAUUCGGGGUUCGACUCGGCGCUCUCAUCCGGUUCGUCAUACUCCUAUUUACCGCCACCUCCACCGUAUCGUCGGCGAAGCAAGCAGCACAAAAUUCAUCGCAGCUUCAGCGAUUCUAAAUACUCAAUACAAUAUUCGGCUAAAGUUGCAACAGCGAGCGUGCAACGACGUACAUGUGGAAUACGAUGGAAUAGUCAGUGUAGUUUGAGCCCAUCUCCUUCAAUGUCAACUGUUUCUUGUCCAGAAUAUCCAGAAUUACAGGAGAAGUUGCAUCGCUUGGCUAUGGCCCGAGAUAGUCUUUCAUUGCAGGUCGCUUCAGUGAGUCCUGCAAAAGAAGCAGGGCUCGUACUCACUGCUGCCAGGAGUGCUUGGCAUACGGGUGUGGCUCCAUCUGGAGCAAAUCUUGUACAACGUCCCCGCUUCACUGUCGACUGCACUUCAUUGUUUACAGUUCCUCCAAUGUCCCGUGGUCAUCUGGUCAUCUCUGACCGUUCAGCCCAAGAAUGUUUUGAAAGGCAAACUGCAAUGAUUUCGCGAUACCUUCAGGUUUCCGUUCUAAGCGAGCAGGUUGGAGCUCAGAAGGAAAAGAUCCGAGAUUUGGAAGCUCUGUUGGCUGCAAAACGAAACAGCCUUACCUCGUCCGAAGAGCUCAUUCACGGGAAAUACAACCAUGGUGGUGAGUCUUCAGACAUGGACCCGAAAAAACUUAAUCUUAUGGCCGAAGUUUCGUGUCUCAAGCUCAAAUUCGCUACGUUGGAACAAGAAAAGAGCGAGGCCGAGAGGAAACUCAAGUUGUCUCAAGAUGAGAUUGACCACGUCAAUCAGUCAAUCCACGGUAAAGCUGUCCAGAAACCGUCACGGUCGCAAGCGAACGGUGGCAGUGAUCGACCAACGUAUUUGCCUGCAUUGAGAGAAAAUCGACUGGAGAAGCAAGAUGAAGAGUUGCAGCAGUUACGGCAUACUGUGCAGCAUUUAUUAGCCGAUAAUGAGCAGAAGAAUCAUCAAAUCAAAAGUCUUCGCAAUGCCUUAGAACUUCGUUCCAGGGAAGAGCCUUCGGAGCCAAUGACUCACUCAACGUCAUUUCCUGUACGCCUCUGCUCAUCGCCUUACAAUUUAGGGGCAAUACAGGUAUGGUUGCAGCCAACAUUAUGCAAGGGAGUCACGAGAGCUCUUGCGCUUGUUAGGCUCCGAGGGGUUUUCCCGGCACUGUUGGGUAACUUCGAAUCUUUACGCUCAUCUGGCAGGUUGUAG